AUGGUCCGCAUCACCUUCGCCGCUAUCCUCGCUCUCUCCGCCACCGCGCUCGCGCAGGUCAUCCCCAACAACGCCGGUGCCCGCAACGUCGGCAACGGCCAAGGCCAGCAGUUCAUCACCGGCGGCUGCGUCGCCGACGCCGACUGCGACCAGGCCAUCGCCUGCUGCGCCAACAACGGCCAAGGCCAGGGCGUCUGCUCCGGCCUCGCCGCCGCUCUCCAGAACGGCAAGCAGGGCUGCGGCUUCAACGACCCCAACGGUGCCCAGGCCAUCGAGGCCGCCCAGCAGCAGGUUGCCCGCCAGGGAUUCUAA